UUAUAUCGAUAUAUUUUCUCACCAGAAAUCCCAAGGCCACGGUGCAGAGGACAAACAAGAAGGUGAACAACGAUCCCGUGCUGCGAAUCCAAAACCUUUCCAUUCUCAUCAGGCAGAUCAAAGCCUACUAUCAGGAGACGCUCCAGCAGCUGGUGAUGAUGCCUCUACCCGAUGUGUUGGUCCUGGGCCGGAGCCCUCUCACCGAGCGAGGUCUGGAGGAGAUGAAGAAACUACUGCUACUGCUUCUGGGCUGUGCUGUUCAGUGUGAGAAAAAGGAAGAUUACAUCGAACGCAUCCAGACUCUGGAUUUCAACACCAAAGCUGCCAUCGCUUCCCACAUCCAAGAGGUAACGCACAACCCGGAGAAUGUCGUGGACCUGCAGUGGCUGGAAAGUGGGGAGCUGCCCGCCGAGGACCUGUGGCUGGAAAGGGGGGAGCUGCCCGCCGAGGCCCUGGAAAGCCUAUCCAGGAAUCUGGCCUUUCAUCUCAAACACGUGGUGGAUGACAGGGACACGCAGCUGGAGACUAUCGUGGAGCUGACCCAAGAGAGGGACUGUAUUCAGCUGUCUCCGCUGGGUCCCGGUCCGGCCCAGUCGCCCAACGGCUCCCCCAGCAUGAGGAGGACAGAGAGCCGACAGCACCUCUCGGUGGAGUUGGCUGAUGCCAAGGCUAAGAUUAGACGUCUGCGGCAAGAAUUGUGA